UGGGCUUCGCGCGGCCCUUCCUCCUCUUAUGGCCGCCACCAUCUCCUACUCUUCCGCCGCCGCUCACCGCCUCUUCUGCUCUCCUCCACCGUCUGUGCGCCCCUCCGGGCCCUCCUCCCCCUUGUUCCUUUCUUUCCUCCUCAAAGCCUCCCUUAAACCCCGCUCUUCUCUCCGUCACCGCUCCCUUCCUCCCCUCUCCGCUUCCUACGCCGAUGACGUCUUCCCCUUCGACGACAAACCCCGCGAGGAGUGCGGGGUCUUCGGCAUCAUCGGCGAUCCGGAUGCCGCCCGGAUGUGCUACCUGGGUCUGCACGCCCUCCAGCACCGCGGACAGGAGGGCGCUGGCAUCGUCUCCUCCGACGGCACCGCUCUUCGCUCCCGCACCGGCCUCGGCCUUGUCUCUAAGGUUUUCUCCCGGUCUUCUGAGCUGGAGCCCCUGGUCGGCUCCGCCGCCAUCGGUCACAACCGCUACUCCACGGCCGGUGCCGCCUCUGCCCUCGCCAACGUCCAGCCCUUCGUCGCCGGCUACCGCUUCGGCCAGCUUGCGGUCGCCCACAACGGGAACCUCGUCAACUACGACUCUCUCCGUUGCGAGCUCGAGUCCAAGGGUUCCGUCUUCAACACCUCCUCCGACACCGAGGUUAUCCUCCAUCUCAUCGCCACCUCUUCCUCCGGCCCCCUCCUCGCCCGCAUCGUCGAGGCCCUCGAGGAACUCGAGGGCGCCUACUCCCUCGUCUUCCUUACCGCGGACAAGCUCUUCGCCGCCCGAGACCCCCAUGGUUUCCGCCCUCUCGUCAUGGGCCGCCGCUCCAACGGCGCCGUCGCCUUCGCUUCAGAAACCUGCGCGCUCGGCCUCGUCGGUGCCGAGUACGUGCGAGAGGUGAACCCCGGGGAGGUGAUUGUCGUCGACAGCCAUGACAUGUCCAUCAACACCUCCUGCCUCUUGUCCAAGAAACCCCGCAAAUGUUGCGUCUUUGAGCACGUCUACUUCGCCCUCCCCAACUCUGUCGUCUUUGGCCACCCGGUGCACGCUGCCCGCUACAACUUUGGUGCAGCCCUUGCCCGCGAGUCCCCUGCCCCUGGGGCUGAUAUUGUGAUUCCGGUCCCUGAUUCGGGAUUCUUUGCUGCACUCGGCUUCGCCGAGGCCUCCGGCCUUCCCUUCCGGCAGGGUCUCAUUCGCUCCCACUAUGUAGGCCGCUCCUUCAUCGAGCCGAAUCAGGAGGAGCGCAACCUUGCCGUUAAGCUCAAGCUCGCGCCAAUCGAUGGCGUCCUCGAAGGAAAGAGUGUCGUUGUCAUUGACGAUUCAAUUGUAAGGGGAACUACCUCGUCCAAGAUAGUUCAGCUCAUCAAGAACACCGGAAAAGCUCGUGAGGUCCAUAUGAGGAUUGCCAGCCCGCCGAUCGUUGGCUCCUGCUAUUAUGGUGUUGACACACCAAGAGCCGAGGAGCUCAUUUCUAAUCGCCUAGAUGUGGAGGGGGUGAGACAAGCACUUGGGAGUGAUUCACUUGCCUUUCUCUCGCUUGAGAGUCUAAAGGCAGCAUUUGGGGAUGAGGCCUGCAUGUUCUGCGAUGCAUGCUUCACUCGCAAAUAUCCAGUGCCACCUAGGGAGCAUGAGAUCUUCAACAUGGUCGACAAGUGAGGCUUUUCUUUCUCUAUUGAGAUAGAAGCUAAUUUUGAAGUUAUACAAUGAAAGAGAAUAUCAUAUUUCUUUUUCCUUAUUUACUACCUUUCUCCUUCGUCUCUAUAAUAUAGGGAUGUUGGUGGCAUGAGAUUUUUUGGAGAGAACGAAUUACUCAUAGCUGUCAUUAGUUAGGCUAUUUAUAAAAUUUAGCAUCAACUUGUUUUUAUUAGAUUGAUGAGGGCAACUACUUUUUUACACAAUUCUUUCCUCUGUAUUAUUCAAUACAUGUGAGGUCGCAUAAUUUUUUGACUUGGUUUCAGCAAUACAAGAUUCUUUUCGGGUUUGUUUGAACUUCAGUUUUGUUGAUGAAAUUAGGCUUCUCAGUUGUUUGGGACGCAAUCUUUUAGUGGGCAUGCUGAUCAUUUUGGAACAAGUGUGCAGAUUGGUGGAAUAUUUGACAGGUCUGCUUUGUUUUCUGUGG